AUGUUUACAAAAGGAAAUCAAGACAAAUCACCAGAGACUGAUGAAUGGAAAAGUAAAACUAAAAUAACUAACGUUGGCAAUUGUACUACUAGUAGUAGUGGUAGUGUUGUUAAUCUAACAAAUUCAACUAGAUGUCAAACUUCAAGUACAACAUCAAGUGGUAUAUGGAGAAGGACCAGCUGCGUCUUUUGUAAGAAAGAAUUGGUCUUUGAAGAAGCCAAUAAGCCAAAGAUGCUACCUUGUCUUCACAGCGCAUGUCAAACUUGUGUCGUCAAAAUAGGAUCUAAAGAUACUGCAACAGAAAAAACUGUCUUGUGUACAAGUUGUGAUGACAGUAACUCUGCAGUUGGUUUUUGUGUUGAAUGUCAGGAAUGGCUUUGUAACACUUGCAUCAGUGCUCAUCAACGAGUGCGAGUCACCAAAGAUCACAGAAUUCAACAGAAAGAUGAGAUAAAAGGGAAAAAUGCUUCUGGUCUCAUGCAGAAGUACUUAUUUUGUUCCAUACACAAAAAGGAACAGGUGAAAAUUUAUUGCGAGUCUUGUGACAAGCUAACGUGUCGAGACUGUCAGCUAAUAGAACACAAGGAUCACAGAUAUCAAUUUCUUGCCUCUGCCUACGAACAGCAUAAAGCCUAUCUUAAUGCAUUGCUAUCGAAGAUUCGUGAAAAACAUAGAUACAUUGAAAAAGCAAUUGAACUAAUUUGGAAAAGAGAAAAUGAUGUAAAGGAACGAGAGCUUCAAGUGACACAGGAGAUUAAAAUGUUUGCAAUCAGAUUCAUCACAGAAAUUAAUCAGCGGGGAAAGUUACUUAUCCAGGAAUUGAGUGAUGCCUGCAAUAAGAAGAAGCAAGUGCUCAGUGUAAAGAAUGAACAACUUGUUGCGUUAUCAGAAAAACUUCAAUAUUGUGAGAACUUCGUAGAAACUGUUAUCAAAUUUGGAAGUAGUUUCGCCUUAUUGUACAAUAAGAAAACUCUGGUAGAACAGUUGCGAUAUGUUCUUACGCAACGCUGUGAGGUUCCAAAUCCUAAUCAUUUGGUGGAUAUCAAGUUCCUAUAUGAGACAAAGUUUUUCAGUGAUUAUAUUAGUGGGCUUGGAAGCUUGGUUGUUGACCAGAAACCAGUAGGAGGGGGUAGGCUCCCCUCAAGAAGCUCGGAACCUUCACGGCCCAAUAUCACACCAGGAUCCUCUGUUCAACAGCAACCUAGAUCUGCUGGAGAGUUCAGGCAAGUUUCUCAGAACCCUCCUAACUUAUUGCCUAAGAUGGUUAUCAAUAAUUUGUUGAAAAAUCCUCAAGCUAAAUCAGGUGGUGUAGUUUCACAGUCUCCAAGUUUUGUUCGAGUACCUGUUCAUCAGUCGACCUCAGCAACUAAAUCUUCAAGCUGUGUACAAAAUCCUCCGAACAUCAGCACAUCAAGUUCACAUAAUUCAUCAUUAAGUCAGAAGCAGCAUUUCUUGCCAUCUAAACCACUUCGUCCGACCUUGGGUCUUUUUACCCAGCCAUCAUCUUGCAAUCCAGUUUCGACAGUUACCAGAUCUCCCCAAAUGACUGAUCAAAAACCAAACUUGGGAAAACCUUCAAUUUCCAUUAGCCAAACAGGGGGUCCUCAGUCUAUUAAAACUACAGUAACAGGAAUGGGGAAAAUAUUGAUUAUUGGUAAAGGACCUAUAGUGAAACAAGAACCAGGUGUCUCGAGUGAAAAUGGUGCCUUUACAGUAACAAAUAAAGAAUCGGUUGUUGAUGCUGCUUCUAGGACUUUGAGUGAGUUUGCUAAUCCUAUGCAAUGGAGGACAUCUAAUUCUGGGGUUUUCCAAAAUAACUUGAGGCAUAGUUUUACAAAAGAAAAGGGUUUAGACAAAAGCAGUUCAAGCGUAAAUGCACAAGAACAAAAUGACCACAGUUCCAGUUUUCCACCAUUAGAGCCGUGUCCAAUAAUUGUAUCGAUUACAGGAGGCGAUGGCUCAGUGCACCUCCCUCACGAAAUGGGGAAUUCGGGAUCCAAUCCAGAAAGAAAAUACACAAUGAAGUUAGAAAAGAAAACGGUUAACAGAAAGAAUAACAUCAAUUGUCUUUCAAAACCAAAUAUUUUGAAAAAAACAUCAGCUUUACCAGUUAGGAAUAAAACUUAUGAUAGUUCUGUUGUUAAUGGACAAAAAAAUAGUAGCAAGGCCAUUUUGACAACACUUCCAGACCAUCUAACCUACCAAGGUAAAGAAAAAUCCAAAGGGGAACGAGAAACCUACAAUACUGAAUCUACGGCAAAAAGAAAACGCUAUGCGAAAAAAAAGAAAGAUAUUGAAACAGUCUCCCAGUCUGCUACUGAAGACCAAGCAAUGAAUAAAUCUGUAAACAACAAAUGUACCCCUAGUGAUGACAGUACAGGAGACACACAAGAUGAUCCAAAUGAAGAUUGGUGUGCAGUAUGUAACGACGGUGGAGAACUGCUUUGUUGUAGCAAUUGUCCUCGUGUUUAUCACUUACAGUGUCAUGUCCCUUCUCUUAGUUCAACUCCAAGUGAUGAUUGGACUUGUCUUAUGUGUAUGGAUGUAAAAACUGCAUCCCUUCCAAAAGAAUGUACAGGAACAAAAAGAAAACCACCAGUUGGCUUGAGUGGACGUAAAUUAUUGUGCUGUGAGAGAAUACUUCUAGAACUGUUCUGUCACGAGUCGACCCUACCGUUUCACCACCCAGUUAGCAGAACUGUUCUCAACUACUACAAGGUCAUCACUAAACCUAUGGACUUAAUGACCAUCAAACAAAAGAUAUCACCAACUCAUUUCAACCAUUAUCACAAUGAAGAAGAAUUUUUAGCUGAUGUUAAACUGAUUUUCAGUAACUGCUGCACUUUUAACACUGUAAGUUAG